AUGAACGUUCCAUUUUUCAGAAACUACUCCAAGCAACAACCAUGGAGCUCUUCCCGGUCCAUUCCGGUUCGACAAACACAACAAAGAUCAUCCCCAAAAGUCAUAUCUGUGCCGGUCCACUUCGUCUCAUCCGAUCAACCACCAACCACAAUAUCGAUGUUAAAGGAUUCAGCAGCACUUCAAAUCCAAAAAGUGUUCAGAGGCUUUGUGAUCAGGAAGACCGUGAAGAAGAUCGCUUCUAUCAGAAAUGAGGUUUACGAAAUUGAACGAAGAAUUGACGAUACGGAAGUUGUUAAUUUGAUUCGUAGGGAUGCGAAGGAGAGGCUGAGGGUGAAUGAAACCCUAAUGUCUUUGCUUUUCAAAUUGGAUUCUAUUCGCGGUGUUGAUUGCGGGAUUAGGGAUUUGAGGAAAGCGGUAACUAAGAAAGUAAUUGCAUUGCAGGAGAAGGUGGAUUCAAUUGCUCAGCCUGAUCACCAAACCCUAGAUUCACAUUCACCUGAUGAAAUCGUUACUCCUGACAAUGUUGGUACGAGUACAUCAGAGCAAGUCACAGAAGCCUCUAAUUCUGUUAACGAGAGAGUUGAAAAUCAUGUCGUUUCGGAAGCAAUUGACGACGAUAAAGAUGGCAGUGCUGUUAGGAAUUGCAAUUCUGUGGAGGCUGCAGAUGUAAUCGGUGAGGUGGACGCCAUGGAAACAAGUCCUGUAAAAUUUGGGGAAAAAGAUGAUGGGCCGAGAGAUGUGCAGAAACGCAAUUGCGUGAAUGAAGACAAGGGAAACAGAGAAAUUCUAGAGAAUCUGAUGGAUGAUAACGAGGAUAUAAAGAGACUGAUGGCUCAGAUAUCUGAGAGGAACGAGUUGCAGACGCGGAUGAUUAACGCGUUAAGUCGAAGAGUGGAGCAGCUGGAGAAGGCUGAGAAACAAAGAAAGAAGAAGAAAACACAUGCUUCUCUAAGGAGGAAGAGAGAUAUAGAUAGUUUGUGUAUUUGA